UCAUUAACUCUCAAACAUUUCAAAUUUGAGAUGGCCAUCAUGCUAAGGAAGUCUCUGCUCUUUCCCCUUGUGUUUGCUUUGGCCCUAGCCCCACCCUCACAUGGAGUGAACACAUCUUCUUUAGCCCCCACAUCCAACGCAAUCCAGUACCACGGAGGUCCUCUCUUAACCACACCAAAGACCAUCAACAUCUACCUCAUAUGGUAUGGAGCCUCCUCUGGAAAGGACAGAGCCUCCAUAACCGAUUUCUUCGCUUCCUUAAGUCGUUCUAAUGGAGUAGCCCCCCACCAAGAACCCACUGCCGCAACAUGGUGGAAAUCUCUCCAGACAUAUACGGACAAGGCGGGGAACUCCAUUCCCUGUAUCGUUAGGCUUGUUAAACAAAUCGGCGAUAUAUAUUCUUUAGGCAAGAACAUUAAGCGCGCCCAAAUAGCCAACUAUGUCAAAAACAAGAUAGAGACCAGGGCAUUACCAUUAGACUCCAAUGGGAUAUACUUGGUUUUGACUGCUAGAGACGUGACAGUAGAGAGGUUUUGCAUGGGAUCAUGUGGUUUUCAUAGCAGCGUCACGGUGUCUACAAGGAGUAGGGUGGUGUAUGCACAUGUAGGAAACCCCUCGGUGCAGUGCCCUGGACUUUGUGCAUGGCCUUUUUCACUUCCAGCUUACGGUCCGCCAGGCCCGGCCCUUGUGGCACCCAAUGGCGUCGGAGCUGAUGGCGUGGUUAUUAACAUUGCAACAGUUCUUGCCGGAGCUGCCACUAACCCUUUCAACACUGGGUAUUUUCAAGGAGACCCCUUGGCUCCACUGGAGGCUGUUACUGCAUGUCCAGGGAUAUUUGGUGAGGGGGCUUAUCCAGGGUAUCCAGGAAACUUGAUGGUGGACAAAAUCAGCAAGGCAAGUUACAAUGUUUAUGGCGCUAAUGGCAGGAAAUUCCUCCUCCCGGCGAUAUGGGACCUGAAGAGCUUGAAGUGCAAGGUUACCUUUUAAGGGAA